UAAACAUUAGUGUACAAAAAGAGCAUAUGCGCAGAAAGAUGCGCAUUAAAAAAUCAAUCAACCAUUUCAGAAAUUUUUGUGAAAAUUAUUGUUGAUGCUUUAAUUGACCACUAGAUUACAUUGGCUCACAACACGUGUAGUUCUGUAGGAAGGCCAGUAUGGCUUCUGGCGAAGACGGUGGCAUGAUGAGUAGUCCAGUACCCGGCCCAGGACACAACCCAGCUUACCCUCAUGAAAACACACAGAUGAUGCAGAAGAUGGAUGAUAAAGGAAUGCCGAAUGAUCCACGUUAUGACAAUUACAUGUCCAUGGUAAAUCGACAGAAAGGAAUGCCAGGUCACAUGAUGCAGGGUCACAACAUUCCUGGGGGCCAGGGUAUGUCUGGGAACCCGCCCCAUGGGAUGGGGAUGGUUCCGCAGUCUCAGCAGGGAAUGUCGGUCAGCGGAGGCCCAGUUCCCUUGUCCAUGUCAGGAGGGCCGAUACAGAUGUCUGGACCACCCAUGCAGGGCAUGCCACAGGGUAUGGGAAAUAUGCCUGGUGGGCAGGGAAUGCCUGGACCUCACCACAACAUACCGAGGGGUACUUCUCCUGCCAACAUAGGAGGCUCCCCUGGAAUGUCGGGUGGCCCUCCAGGAAUGUCAGGCGGCCCCAAUGCUGGGAUGCCUGGGCCUAUGAAUCCACAGAUGGUCGGACCAGGUGGUUCUGGGUCAUCGGGGCCACCGAUAUCCAAUUCCAGUAUGGGACAGGGGAACAUGCCCGUGCCCAGCAUGAACACUCAGAGCAUGAGUUCCUCGUCGAUGGCGGGACCCAAUGGUGGUCCAAACAUGGGUGGACCCAACAUGACCGUCCAGCCCAACAUGGGGUCUGGUGAUGGGGUCAGUUCUGGAGGGAUGCCCAUGUCGGCUGCUAGUGGUUCCGAUGUUCCCAGUUCAGCUGGUGGGAGUAUGAACACUGGACCGUCAGGCCCUCCAAUGAAUCCAGGCUUCAUGGGACCACAGCUUACAUCGGGAGCGUCAGUUGGACCUCCGAAUAUGGAUGGCAGUCAAGCACAAGGUCCCCCAGGAAGCCAGGGACCGAUGGGAGUCGGCCCUCGACAGUCCAGCUUCAAUGCAACCCAGCUUCACCAGCUGAGAGCUCAGAUCAUGGCCUACAAACUUCUGGUGCGCAAUCAGAACUUGCCAGAUAACCUGCGAAUGGCUGUGGAGGGCAAACGGCCACUGGGACCUUUCCCUCGGCCAGUUGACCAACAACAAAUGCAUCAGAUGCGGAUAAGUCAGAACCUACAGCCAGUGCAUCAUGGGACAGUGAUGGGUCCCGAGAUGCCGGCCCAGCCCCCGCGGAUACACAGCACCCAGCCGCCCCCGCCCCCCUCGGUCCAGGCCAUGAUGGCCAUGCAGCAAAAACAGAACCGGAUCGCACCGGUCACCAAGCCACAAGGUCUCGAUCCUGUUGAGUUACUUAAAGAGCGGGAACACAGACUUGCAGCCCGGAUAUCGGCUCGAAUAGAAGAGCUGAGCAGUCUUCCAGCCGUUAUGUCAGAUGACCUCAAGGUCAAGGCUACAAUUGAGUUACGAGCACUCAGGCUGCUUAAUUUUCAGAGACAGUUGCGUGCUGAUGUCACCACCUGUAUGCGAAGGGACACAACUCUUGAAACUGCGCUGAACACGAAGGCGUACAAACGCAGCAAGCGACAGUCGCUGAGGGAAGCGAGGAUCACAGAAAAGUUGGAGAAACAGCAGAAGGUGGAACAGGAGAGGAAGAAGAGACAGAAACACCAGGAAUACUUGAAUGCAGUGCUGCAGCACGGUAAAGACUUCAAGGAGUUCCACCGUAAUGUGUCAAACAAGCUGAGUAAACUGAACAAGGCAGUGAUGACGUACCACACCAACACCGAGCGGGAACAGAAGAAGGAACAGGAGCGCGUGGAGAAAGAACGAAUGAGGCGACUCAUGGCUGAAGAUGAAGAGGGCUACCGGAAUAUGAUCGACCAGAAGAAGGACCGGCGUCUGGCGUACCUGCUGCAGCAGACUGACGAAUACGUGAACAGUCUGAUGAAACUCGUCAAGGACCACAAGGACGACGUCCGCAAGAAGAAGAAAGAGAAGAAGAAACCCAAGGAAAAUGAAGAUGAAUCGCUCAAAGAAGCAAAUGCCGAUGAGUCGUCCAACUCGAGUGACCAGCGGAUCAAGGUGAUCGACAACGAGACCGGACAGAUCCUCACUGGGGAAGACGCACCUCUAGCCAGUCAGCUCGAAUCAUGGCUGGAGAUGCAUCCCAAUUUCCAAGUUGCCAUUCGAGAGGAAGAGGAGGAGGAGGAAGAGAUAGAGGAGAUAGAUGAGGAGUCUGAAACUGUUGCCCUGCCGAUAGUUGAGGAGAAGAAGAAACUGGCAAAAAACCCAGAAGAUCUGGACGAAUUUGAAGCUGAAGAAAUCAUUCAGGGCUCUGCAGCAAAGGAGAUGGAUGACGACUACAAUAGCAUGGACACGUACUACGGCAUCGCUCACACGUACCGCGAGAAGAUCAAGGAACAAGCCUCCAUCAUGGUUAAUGGAUCACUCAAGGAAUACCAGGUGAAGGGUUUGGAGUGGCUGGUGUCACUGUAUAACAACCACCUGAAUGGGAUCCUGGCCGACGAGAUGGGUCUGGGAAAGACGAUCCAGACCAUCGCACUCAUCACGUACCUCAUGGAGAAGAAGAAAGUCAACGGACCAUUUCUUGUCAUCGUUCCGCUUUCAACUUUGUCAAACUGGAGUUACGAGUUCGCCAAAUGGUCGCCAUCAGUGACCGUGGUCGCCUACAAGGGUUCUCCGACUGUGCGUCGUAACUUGGCUCAGACUCUCAAGGGUGGCAAAUUUAAUGUGCUGCUUACCACGUACGAUUAUGUCAUCCGAGACAAAGCUGUGCUGUCCAAGCUGCGUUGGAGGUACAUGAUAAUUGAUGAGGGUCAUCGUAUGAAGAAUCACCACUGUAAGCUCACCCAGAUUCUUAACACCCACUACAUUGCACCACACCGAUUGCUGCUCACAGGAACACCUCUACAGAACAAACUGCCGGAACUGUGGGCUCUGUUGAACUUCCUGCUACCGAGCAUCUUCAAGUCAUGUUCAACAUUCGAACAGUGGUUUAAUACGCCAUUUGCACUGACUGGAGAAAAGGUUGAACUGAAUCAAGAGGAAACACUUUUGAUCAUUCGCCGUCUCCACAAAGUGCUGCGACCGUUUCUGCUGAGACGACUGAAGAAGGAAGUAGAAUCUCAACUACCCGACAAGGUGGAGUAUGUAAUAAAGUGUGAGAUGUCGGCUCUCCAGCGACACGUGUACCGACACAUGCACAACCGAGGAAUUCUCCUCACGGACGGAUCCGAGAACAACAAGAAGGGUAAAGGAGGAGCGAAGACUCUGAUGAACACCAUCAUGCAGCUGAGGAAGAUCUGUAACCAUCCAUUCAUGUUUCAACACAUUGAGGAGGCGUUCGCUGAGCAGACCGGGUCCAGUGGGGGGAUCGUAACGGGUCCCGAGUUGUACCGAUCAUCCGGGAAGUUUGAGUUGCUGGAUCGAAUUCUUCCCAAACUUCGAUCAACAAAUCACAAAGUUCUACUCUUUUGCCAGAUGACUUCGCUCAUGAGUAUUAUGGAGGACUAUUUUCUCUACCGAGGUAAUUACAACUUCUUUCAUAAUCAUUUCUGGAUUGUGACACUGACAUUUAUGGCAUAUAUAUCCCUUAUCAAUUAUUUAAUUUUGGUUGAAAUCUGUUUUUGUGAUCGUAUCCUGGGAGUGGGUGUUGAUGAGUACCCAACGGCACUGCCUACGGGGAAAAUCCUAACGGGAGCGCGCAUUUUUCGUGCCGACUCCUAUGAGACGUUGGGGGCGGAUUUUCUCGAACAUCCGGCGGUCGUUCCCGCUAGUGUCCGAGCCGCUUGUUCCCCAUCGCCGCAUGUGUCAUUGCCAAUCGCGGAUCUGGAAUCGUUCGAACGGCUGGCUAAGUCGAUGUUCCAGCCCAAUUCUCCCAUCUUCUGUUUCUUGCUGAGCACUAGGGCGGGUGGUCUGGGCUUGAAUCUGCAGACGGCAGACACGGUCAUCAUCUUCGACUCGGACUGGAAUCCUCACCAGGAUUUGCAAGCCCAGGAUCGGGCUCACAGAAUCGGCCAGACUAAUGAAGUGCGGGUGUUACGUCUGAUGUCCGUCAACAGCGUGGAGGAGCGCAUCCUUGCCCAGGCUCGAUUCAAGCUGAACGUUGAUGAAAAGGUCAUCCAAGCCGGGAUGUUUGACGCCAAGUCAACGGGAAACCAGCGUCAGAUGUUCCUUAAGAAUCUACUCAUGAAUGAAAAUGAGGACGAAGAGGAGGAAGAUGAUGUCCCCGAUGACGAGACCAUUAACCAGAUGUUGGCCCGCACAGAGGACGAGUUUGAAAUAUACCAGAAAAUGGAUAUUGAACGUCGACGUGCAGAAGCUACAACGACAGGUAAGCGCAAACCGCGUCUCAUGGAGGAGGAUGAGUUGCCCAACUGGAUCAAGCUGGACGAAGAAGAGGUUGAACGGCUGACGUUUGAGGAGGAAGAAGAUAAACUGUUUGGACGUGGUUCUCGGCAGAGGAAGGAAGUAGACUACUCUGAUUCACUCACAGAAAAACAGUGGCUGCGGGCUAUAGAAGACGGCAAUUUGGACGAGAUGGAGGAGACGGUGAAGAAGAGCAGCAAGAAGAAGGGUAGGAAGCGGAAGAUGGUGGAGGAAGAGCCCGAGACCCCCAAGGUGAAGAAACGGCGAGGACGCCCGCCCGUCGAGAAACUCGCUCCCAAUCCACCCAAACUGACCAAGGUGAUGAAGAAAAUCUUCGAUGUAAUCAUCAACUACAAAGACAGUGAUGGUCGUGUACUGAGUCAGAUGUUUAUGGAACUGCCGUCGAGGAAGAGAAUGCCCGAGUAUUAUGAAAUCAUCAGAAAGGCUGUGGACUUCAAGAAAAUAAAGGCUCGAAUAAUGGACCACCGCUACCGAUCACUGGAUCACUUUGAAGGUGAUGUCAUGUUGCUGUGCAAGAAUGCGCAGACGUUCAACAUAGAAGGAUCAAUUAUCUAUGAAGACUCCAUUGUGAUCCAGUCUGUAUUCACGAGUGCGCGUGAGAGGCUGGAGAAGGAGUAUGCGCUGUCUGACCACAGCGAGAGUGAGGGGGAGGUGGUGGAGGAGGACGAGGAAGAAGAGGAGGAGGAGAAACAGGAGGAAGAUGAUGAUGACAACGAUGCCGAUGAUGAUGAUAGCAAUCAGGUGAAGGUGAAUUCAAAGCAUGGGAAAGACGUGAAGCACCCGAAGGAGAGCUCGUCCCACAAGCGGCGCCCGAGGGCAGCCAAGACGCGAGCCAAGCCAGUGAUCAGCGACGACGACACAGACGACAGCGCUGCUGAAGAAACUGAUGAUGAUCGGGCUACAUCAUCGCGCAGUUCUUCUAGAGUAGCUUCCCCUGCUCCUGGACAUAGAAAACGGAGAGAGUAGGAAAAACAUGUAUAUAGCUCUUUUCAAAAGUGGCAUUGCCAGUCUGUUGAUGAACUGAAGAAAAUGUGUGUAGGUCAUACUGGACAUGGUUUGCAAGACGGAACUGAUCUGUGAAUCAUUGUGCUUCUGUAGGCCCACUGCUAAGUGGAAUAAAUCAGUCGGUUAUAUCGGUUUAUUGUCAUCGGAGCUAAAAUGAUUGUGCACUAGUUUCCUGGUAUUUUCCCCAUGUAGAAAUAUAACAGAAGUGACAUCCGUAUCCAAGAAACAAGUUUCUAAACAAUUUGGUGUUAUCACAGGACACUAUCCAAAUGAGUUUGGGCAAUUACAAAAAAUAAGUUGACGUAUCUUUUGUAUGGUGAAAUCUGUAUGUAAUAAGUUUUGUAUGUAGCACCAUUGGCCGUUAUCAUUAGUUGUGUAAUAUCAAGUAUAGACUGCAUGCUUUAAUGUUAAAGGAAAUACAUUAUAUCGUAUCAUAUGUCUUUAGUAGUUUGCCAUGUGUGCAACGGUUAUGUGCUGCGGUAAAUGGUGUCGAUCAUUAAACUGUAAAAAUUCA